GAGAAAGAAAGGGAAAAAGUAAAAAAAAAUUGAAGGGGUUGCAGUCAAAUGCACCUGGUUUCUCCCACCAUCUUUGCCCACUUUUUUCUCCGGUCUUAACCAGCCUUCUGCAGACCCCUCCGACGCCCAGGGUAACUCCACGGCGUCGUAAUUAACGUCUUUUCUCUCUUCCAAUCCCUAGCUCAUUAUCUUCCCCCACAAUGCAAUCCGUGUUGAUCGCUGCAGAGGAAUCGCAUAUUCUCAGAAUAUUAAACAGUAGCUUCCAAACCCUAGACUCCAUAAAAGACCGCAUUUCUCAUAUUUUUGCUAAUUUUUUCUGCUCCAAAUACUUCAGCAUUGACUUAAUUGAUACAAGGUAUAGAGGGAUUGAUGAGGUAAAAACAAGUUAUAAUCAGAAUCAAUGUGAGUUAAGUGAAAACGGUAGAAGGCAGUCGGAGCCUUCUGAUGGUGAUGAAGGGCAAUGUUCCGGUGCCGUUUUUAACGUUUUAGAUACAAUGUUAAAGGAUAGUUUGGAUCGCUUGAAAACAAUGAGGCAAAGCAUAUCCUGGGAUGCUAUAGGCCGUGAAUGCUGUGACUUUGAAGUAAAUUAUAAGCGAGAUAUAACUAUCAUUAGAGCUUUAUGCUUGGAGGGUAAGUUGGGGGUAGCUCUAUCUCUCUGGUAUAUGAUGAUACAGAAAAGUGUUAUUCCUGAUAUUAUCACCCAUAAUUAUCUAAUAAACGGCUUCUGCAAAACUGGUAACUUGGAUAAGGCAGAGUGGCUUGUCAAAGAGAUGUUAUUUAGGGGUCCUCCUCCUAAUUGUGCGACCUACAACACUUUAAUAAAGGGUUAUUGUCUUCAAAAGGAUAUUGAAAGGGCUCUAAAUUUGUUUUCCACAAUGGCCAACAGUGGUAUUGGCCCGAAUAGAGUUACUUGUAACAUUAUUGUACAUGCUCUUUGUAAGAAAGGUCUGCUGGAGGAUGCAAGAAAGCUUCUUACGGAAAUAUUGGGUGAUACUUACCCUAAGGACACGUCGAAUUUGAUAACAUCAACUAUACUAAUGGACGGUUCCUUUAAGAAUGGAGAUAUAAAUCUGGCUCUCACUUAUUUGGAUGGCAUUUUUUGCGGGGGUAUCCCACUUGAUACUGUUUUCUAUAAUGUUGCCAUUCAUGGAUUCUGUUUGAUCGGAGAUAUAUCCACUGCUUAUAAAUAUGUCUGCGAAAUGUUUAAGCGUGGUUUUCUUCCUGAUAUAUUUUCUUACAAUACUCUUAUUGGCGCUCUUUGUAAGGAAGGACGGACCACUGAGGCUUGUUAUAUCUACAAUGUUAUGUCCAGGAUGGGUGUUUCUCCUGAUCAAAUCACUUACAAGAUGAUUAUACAAGGGCUAUGUUUUCAUGGCGAUGUAAUAAAAGCUAAUCUGUUUCUUCAUGCUAUGUUAGAUGACUCUGUUGUGCCUCAACCACUCAUCUGGAAUGUGAUAAUUGAUGGUUAUGGGAGGUGUGGUAAUAUGCAAAAAGCAUUGUCCAUCAGGGAACAAAUGGCUGCCUUUGGGGUAAUGCCAAAUACAUUUACUUAUAACGCUUUGAUCCAUUCACAGAUAAAAAGUGGAAAUGUUGUUGAGGCACAUUCGUUGAAGAAGGAGAUGGUUCUAAAUGGUUCUUUUCCAGAUUUGGUUACAUACAAUCUCUUGUUGGGUGCCUCUUGCAAUCUUGGUAACUUUCAUUCAGUGCUGCAGAUAUAUGAUGAAAUUGUAAGAGGAGGUUAUUACCCAGACAUAAUAACAUAUACUGAGCUACUUAAGUAUUACUGUAUACAAGGUUAUACAGAGAAGGCAGAAGAUCUCUUGGAAAAGUUACAGACUUUGAAUUUACAGGUUGAUCAUGUUCCAUUUCUGAUACUCAUGAAAAAGUAUUGCAAGAUGAGGGAGCUAGACAAAACAUUUGAACUUUAUCAGAAGUGGUUAUUGAGAAUGAGUUGAGAAUACCUUUAGUAUAGAGCAAUUGGUACUCAGGGCUGCAAAGAAUUUUCUGAUCCUUGGAAAUAUAGCUCCACCAUGGCAGUUUCAUGCAUUACGUUCAUUCAUUGAUGGUGGAUAUCUCCUGCAAGUUGAUGAUCUCAACUUGAAGCUAUUAUUGUUAACACCAGGCGGACUGCAGUUAGAUAAUGAAUCAGUAAACUCAGCUUAAUUGUGGAAUGGCUGGUAAUUUCAUACUCGGGCAGUCGGACUUUCACCUUCAGACAAUGGUCCCUGGGAGACAUUGAUCAGGAAACAUAUGCUCCAUUUGGUUAAAGGGGAUUAUUGAUUCCAUCAACCAUCUUUUUAAAAUUUUAUGGAAGCUACAGAGAUUUCAUUAUACAGAUUCAAACUUUGCCAGUUAUCUUCAAGCUCAAGGAGGAGGAAAUCUCUUUUUGAAUAUCUUGGUAAUGUUCACUGCACAGAUAUUGAUGAAGUAACUUACCUUAAUCAGGCAUUGUUCCCUCACCAGUUCUAUUGGUUCGCUUGUCAUCAUAUCUGCCGAUUUGGAUUUUGGAACAUAUCAGAUCUUAGCUCAAUUUUGCAGGUCUGGCCUGGCUUUUCCAACUUGUCUCUGGUGUGCUUCAUGAAACUCAGUUUUACUGCUCAAGAGCAGUGGACAAUAGGUAUCAUUGAUUACGCAGCCGUUGGGGAUGAGUUCGUUUUACAAAUUGAAUCUUAUCCUAGCCUACAUGUUGGAGAUCAAACCCUGCAGCUGCUUUUUGCUGUGUCUGUACAAGCAGCAUAUUCAAGCUGCUUCUGUUACUGGAGCUGAUGAGCAUUCUUAACAUUUUUGGUGGUAGUACGUGGUUAGGAUUUUACAGCGGCACCAUGGACAGAGGAACUGACCGUUCCUUUUCUGAUUAAAAUCUGCUGUUCAUUCAACUGCAGGUAUUCUACAUGUCAUUAUGGUCAUCUAGUUCUUUAAUUGGGUUCAUUCAGCGGUGGUAGCUCUUGGUCCGUAAUUUUUUACUUUUGCAUCUAUACGAAAAUGAAACACUUGAGAUUUUGCAGUUAUGGCAUGUUGCACAUGGUGCUAUACAAGCUGUUGUAUUAUUUCAGACCUUUGUGCAUACUGUUUGAGGCCAUAUGUUAUAUUAUCCCAUUAGACAAGUAGUAUUCGUGCUGUUAUUGGGAUGCUUUGUCAUAUAUUUUAUGCCAUGCCUGAUACCAUCAAGUGUUUUGUUCAA